AAUAAUAAUAAACAACACACACGGCUUUACCGGCCGACAGCGUUGAGAAACUUUCUUGAGACUCGGUCUUAGAACUGACCAUUUUACCUUUCAAUAUGAUGCGAUCGGCCAGAUUACUUCCAGUACUGCGUGAAAGCAUAAGUGGAAGUUUACGAUCCACGGUAGUAAGGCCGAGUGCUAUACCAUGGAGUGUGCAGAAGCGAUAUAAGGCCAGCAUGGCAGAACCCAAGAAGCAUGAUGCAUCGUCGGAGCAGACUCCGUCCAAAGCGAGAGAGACGCAGUCCUUUGGAAUGGGUUUGUUUAAAGGCGAGAUCAACCUGCAGGAAGUGUUCCCUUUCCCUGAAGUGUUGACUCCGGAAAUGGCCGAUGAGACAGCGAUGUUUGUGGAACCAACUCACAAAUUCUUCCAGGAAGUGAACGAUGCGGCCAAGAACGAUGCUUUGGAGAAGGUGGAAGAUCACACCAUGCAGGGUCUGAGGGAGAUGGGUGCAUUUGGCUUGCAGGUACCCACGGAACUGAGUGGACUGGGUCUGACCAACACCCAGUAUGCCAGAAUGGUUGAGGUGGUGGGUGAAUACGACUUGGCCGUGGGGAUCGUUCUGGGCGCCCACCAGUCCAUCGGCUUCAAGGGCAUCACACUGUUUGGCACGCCGGAGCAGAAGAAGAAGUACCUGCCACCACUGGCCAAGGGAGAGAGGAUGGCCGCCUUCUGCCUGACGGAGCCAUCCAGCGGCUCCGAUGCAGCAUCCAUCCGAACGAGAGCUGUGCUGAGCGACGACGGGAAACACUUUAUCAUGAACGGGAGCAAGCUGUGGAUCAGCAAUGGUGGACUGGCGGAUGUCUUCACAGUGUUUGCUCAGACACCAGUAACGAACGCUGAGGGCAUCACAAGGGACAAGAUUACUGCAUUCAUCGUGGAGCGAGGCUUCGGGGGUGUCACAAGUGGUCCCCCAGAGACGAAAAUGGGCAUCAAGGCCUCCAACACGGCUGAGGUGAACUUCGAAGAUGUCAAGGUGCCUGUGGAAAACAUGCUUGGAGAACUUGGUGAAGGCUUCAAGGUUGCCAUGAAGAUCUUGAACAAUGGUCGUUUUGGCAUGGCUGCUGCCUUGUCUGGAACCAUGAAAGGACUGAUCAAGAAAGCUGUGGAUCACGCAGCCAACCGCACCCAGUUUGGAGAGAAGCUGGACUCCUUCGGCGCGAUCCAGGAGAAGCUAGCUCGCAUGGCCGUCAAGCAGUACGUGAACGAAUCCAUUGCCUACAUGAUCUGCGCCAACAUGGAUGCUGGAUCAACCGAGUUCCAGAUCGAGGCUGCCAUCGGGAAAAUCUUUGCCUCGGAAUCGGCUUGGCAGAUUGCAGACGAGGCCAUUCAGGUUUAUGGUGGCAUGGGCUUCAUGAAGGAAGCUGGUUUGGAGCGGGUGAUGAGAGACCUCCGCAUCUUCCGCAUCUUUGAAGGAACCAAUGACAUCCUCCGUCUCUUCAUUUCGCUGACUGGACUCAUGAAUGCUGGCCAACGCCUGAAGGAGCUGCAGAAGGCCCUGAAGAACCCGGCCAUGAACCUGGGCGUGAUCAUGGAGGAAGCCAACAAGCGAGCCAAGCGGAUGGUGGGCAUCAGCUCGGGUCCCUUGCUGGCCGAGCACUGCCACCCCGGCCUGCAGACCUCGGCUGAUCAGGCCUCCAAGGCCAUCAGUGACUUCUCGGCUGCCGUGGAGGACAUGCUGAUCAGCCACGGCAAGAAUGUGGUGCACCGACAGCUGGAGCUGUGGCGGCUGGCUGAUGCAGCUAUUGACAUCUACGCCAUGGUUGCCACUCUGUCCAGAGCCUCGCGUUCCCUGAGCAACAAGGUGCCCUCAGCCGAGCAUGAGCAGACCAUGUGCAAGUUCUUCUGCAAUGAGGCCUCGGUACGCGUGGAGGACAACCUCAAGGCCCUGAAGAGCAAGCAGACAAAGGAGAACUUUGACGCCAUCCCCAAGAUCUCCAAGGCCAUGGUACAGACGGGAGGGCUGCUGGCUGAGCACCCUCUCGGCUUCUAAGUAAUUCAGACAUUGAAGCACCGUUCCAAUCAAAACAAGAAGACAAUAAUAGGCACUACCCAAUCUCUGGUACUCGACAAGAAAAGGAUUUACCUGUUAUGUUGCUCAAAAUAAUCAGCAAAAAGAGCAUUUGGCACACUUUGUCUGUUUCCUUAAGAACAAUACAUUUAUUAUGAAGACUGUGAUUAUAUCAUUGUGACCAGACAAUUUUCCAACAAUAGGCCUCACGCUGAAUCAUGUCUUUUUGUUGAAUUCUAAUGGUCGAUUUCAAAGGAUUAACACAAAUGUCCUAGGUUUGACGAGUUCAAUACAUAUACUUGCUGAAAUCUUAACGUAAUAUUCUAGCUUUUAAAAUUGUGCAUUGUACACGUAACAGUGAAUAUUCAUGGGUUGGAAUGGUGCUUGGAAAAACAUGUUCAAAUUGAGAAACAGACAUAAAAUUAAUUUCAGGACACUUAACAUAUAGAGAACUGGGCAUCAUCAAGCUUUUGUGAACGAAAUAUUUUCUAAUGCAACCGUAUGGGUUGAACUGCCGUAGUCUAGUUUAAAAACUAACGAAGGUGUUAAAUUCCAUGUUCAUAUGUAAAUAAGUUAUGCUGAAAAUUAUGCAUGGAACUUGGAGAUGUCUUAUAUCACUUCUCUGAAUUGUAAAGAAUUGCAUGAGACAUGUACAUCAUUUAGGGAUGACACUGACUGAUUUUAUUGUUGACAUUAAUGUCAUUGUUAGUAGAAGUUUGUACAACAUUCAUGUUUGAAAUCAUUGGGGCUGGAAAAGUGAAAAAUUUGCAUAAUAAAAUAGGAAUAAUGUACAGCAACCAACUUAUAUUAACUGGAACAUUUAGAAGCAGCUGUUUUUGAAAAGUUUAGUCAUCUAUUUUUUGUUUGGCAUUCUAAAAGUUGCUGAAGCGAUUUUUUUUUGGUCAGUAAGGUUGGAAAUGGGAUUGAAUUGCAAUUAUUUUAGUAUUUGAAAGCUAAUGUAGAUAUAUAGAAAAUAGCUGUCAUCAUGUUUCUUGUAAGGCAUUCAACAGGUGCAUCUAUGGUCUUCAACAGGUGCAUCUAUGGUCUUCAACAGGUGUAUUUAUUGUGGUCCUAUCAUGGCUUGCAGAAAAGACCUGCUGCAUUCACAUCUUAGGCGCAUGUAUAUGUUGGUAUUGUCAGAAGUGUUCUCUCUGGUAGCUAGUUACUUUAAUAAACCAAUUAAAUGCUGAAAUUUUGAAUGGCCAAACUGAAGUCUUGGGUCGAUUUAAGUUGGCACCAUUCUGUUUAUUUUAACAAAUACAUGUAUUUGAGUGCGUAUAUGUUCCUUCUUCUUGAGUUUACUGGGUUUUUAAGGAUGUAUGGAUGCAGCAGUAUGGUAAAAGGUUUGGGAUUUUUGGAUAAAGAGUAGAAUUAAAUGUGUUUUGAUGAUAUUAAAAACGACCUAGCACUUAUUCUACCUAGUUAUUCGUGACAUUAACUUUGACGAGUUAUUGUUAGAGCAGGUGUCUGUCCAGGUAAAAGAGAGAAUUGUGUCAGUUAGUUGAUUGUAGUUAUUAAAAUCCUUUAGGUUGAGAAGAUAAGUUUGAAAAAGCAAGUCAUACCAAUUUGUGUCCGAAUUCUAAAAUGUCUUUAUUUAGUAUUUAUAGUUGAUAGAGGUAGUGUAGAAUGGAACGGAUUGUAGGUUAUAUCAGUACAAGCAGUAAAAAUCAUUUCUAUGGUUGUUUACUCGAAACGGCAAUGCCAUUUCAAUGCAAGUGCUCCAAAAUGUAGUUGUAGAAUAGCAUCUUUCAAACAAGAAUAUAGAUUGCAUGUUUUUUUGUUCUGUACCCAUUUGGUGGGCCAGGAAUGUCCCAAGAGAAACCCAGUGCAUGUCUGAGAAAUCUUCAAGGAUCACAGAUCUCUGAUGUGAAAACUGAAAGCGUGUUGGGAAAAAAAGGAGUUUCAUCUUUGUCAUGAUAAAGUGCAGUUAAUUAUAACAUAUAUCGAUAUAUGACAGUGGCAGUAUGUGGAGGACACUCUCAAUGCACAGAUCUGUAGCGUUACUCUCUGGUGUCGAGUUGGUUUAUAUCCUUCAAAUAUGUAAUUCAUUGUAUUAUUUUUAUGAGUAUUUUCACACGAUUCGAUUUGACUGCCGUGUCUCUAUAUAAUUUCAGUGUUGGGAACAAAACUGCUGUCUCAAGAUAAUAGAUUUUUGCAGGGCCCAAGUUAAACAUUCAUACAUCUUGUUCAUCGGGUAAGAACUUUGUUUGAUGUUACACAGACCCGAUGACUUUGAGAAGGAAUGUGAUGAAAUAAAUGUUGGAAAUUGA